AUGGUUUUUCUGAUGCAACCUCUCGGUCAGCUAGCGGCGAACGUAGUCGGUCUGUCUGCGCUUGCAGGCCUCAACCGGCACUUCGACUUUCAACACGACGGACCGAUCGCAGUACUCGGCAUGGACAUACUGUGGCGAGUCAUCACUGGCGUGGGUGCAAUACCCGCAAUUGUUGCGAUCCUACUCAGAUGGUUUAUUCCGGAGUCGGGACGCUAUACAUUCGCUGUCCACCGCAACCAGCCGGGCAUCUUGCGGGCGCUGAAGGAUACCAAAGGCGUUUAUAGGUCGAGUUUCGCUCGGAGCCGAAGCUUGCCGCAAACACAGCCCCAAGGAGAAGCGCGGCUCGGUGACGGUCGCCAUGAUUCAGCGCUCGGCAACGGCAACGUAAACGGGCAGGUGCCUGCUCAAGCGAGGACAGACAUGGACGCUGGGCGUGCCGCACCUUACAGUGGGGACGACUCGUCCGAUUAUGCUUCUCUUUUUGCGGGUCAGGAAAAGCCCAAGUGGUGGAAGGUGUGGAAGCUUUACACACUUUUCGUACCGCCACCCACCGUUCGUGCCGACAUCUGGCAGUAUUUCAUUACUGAAGGUAACGUCAUUCACCUUCUUGGCGUAUCGAUUUGCUCGUUUGUCGUCGAUUUUGCCUUCUACGGCCUUGGCCUCAACAGUCCGGGCCCCGAGGGCGCACUCUGGUCACACAGUGAUCAGAAGAAGCUUCUGUCUCCGUGGCUCAAUCAAACCAUCGUAUCUCCGCCGUGGAGUCUGAACUGCACCACCACUUCGCCGAGCAACUGGCCCGAUGGUUUGUUAGGGCUCUUGGACAGUCGAUCUAACUUCACAAUGCACAAUGGAUGCGUGGAAUCGAUGUACGCUGCUGCUAGUAAUUACACCCCCUCCUGGCUUGCCAACUCUGCUGCAACCGAUACAGCCUGGAGCAUCUAUAAGGUGCUUUACCAGAACAUCACCGAGUCGCUGGUGACUGUGGCGGCAUGGUCACUGGCAGGAGGCAUCCUCAUGGUCUUUCUCAUCAACAAGUGGGAACGCAGAGUGAUGCUAAUCAGCUCCUUCGUCGUUCUCUUCUUCCUACUACUUGCGACUGGGAUACUCUUCCGGCUAAAAGCACGAACAAACGCCGAGUACGGUUUGGUCCCCUUAUCGAUGCUCAUCCAACUCGUGUUCAGUCUCGGUCCGAACACCCUGACGUUCGUCAUACCAGCGGAGAUCUUUCCGACCGAAUACCGUUGUACUUGUCACGGAAUCGCUGCGGCUUGCGGCAAACUGGGCGCUAUAAUGGUUCAAGUCGCAUACUUGACCUGGGGCAGAGGCUUCCUCUCAACGGUGAACUCUAGGCAGCUGGGUAGUCCUAUUGUCAUCUUUGCGAUUCUCAUGCUGGCCGGCGCGGUCUUCGCAUGGGCUUGGCUACCCAACAUCCAACAAUGGGAGAAUCUGCUCCCGCCCAUUCCAGCGAUGGACUCCCGGAACAGUAGCAGAAGCGUAGGAGACGCGCAUACCGGUCGCCUCAACGUCGCAGACGCCGAGUAUCCAGACGACCAUAUACCUGCCUCGCCUAGAGUGGACUCGAACACUUUCCACGCCCCAGAAAAGGGUAGGUACGUAACCCGGAGCCUCGAAACGCUUGGGAGAGGCAGACGGGAGCAGGCGCAGUGGGAGAAGACUGGUUUCGUGCCGCGGACCAGGCUCGCCAUUGAUAGGAUACGGAGAUGGUUCAAUCUUUCGCCUAUUGUCCGAACGAAGCCCAUCAAGAAUGAUCAUUUUGACACAGCGCACUGA